AUGGCCGAGUGCGAAAAUCGGCCUAGGCUUUCAUCGAAGAGAGCUAUCGGCCGUAAGACUUCAAUUGAAAGUUCUUUUAUCGAUGCUGCAAGUGAUGAGAAGCCGGAUCUCGAAGAAUCCUGGGGUUUUAAUUCAAUGAAAAUCUUUCUUGAUAUGAUUUUAUCAGGAGGUGAUAGUCCAGGGAUAUCAAUGGUCGAAGCCAUUAACAACAAUAUCAGUUUCUUCCAAAAUAUUCGACUCGAACUACAGAAAAGGCAUCAGAUCUUCGAAGAAUCAUUCUCAAGGCCGAUUACACUUGCUUCUUCUACAAGGUAUAUACCAGUGACUCGUCAUGCCAUAUCACGCUCAACAUCAAUUAGCUUCCAACCAAAUAUUCAACCAGUCCAACAAGUGAAGCAGACUAAGCGUCAUAAAAAGACAGAUGAUUCAACAGAUCACAACGUAAAACCUAUGACUUCACAAACAAUUUGGAACUCAAUCAACAGAUUUUUCGGAGUUUCACCAACUGCAGAAUCUUUCCAGCAAUACUUGAAUCCUAUUGAAGAAAAGAUUGCUGUUACACCUUUAGGACAACAUUACUCCAUAGCUUACAAUCAGAAACUCAGGCAAAGAUUCAAAAAUGAUAAUGUCAUGAUAAAAGUACCUGAUUACGUUGAUAUACCAUCCAAAAAGAUUGGAGACUUCAAUGUUGUUUCUAGUCACAGGCUUUUGGCCGCUCUAAUCCCUGUUGUUCAUGAUGAUUCAGAAGCAUCUUUAGAAACUAUGGCAGAUCAUGCUCCUGAUGAAGAACAUUCCAAAGUACAGCCAACAAAUGACUUCAAAUUAGAUAAUUCCAAUGAAAAUCUUUAUCCAACGAACGUAUUUGGAACAUCUUAUUAUUCGAAGCUUUCUUUCGAAGCGAAACUAUCAUUAGAAGUUAUUUCCCUUGAUCUGAAGCCAAGCUCUGACCAGCCAGAAGAGAUAGAUAGUGAAGUAAUGAAUGAUCUCGUAAAUCUUAAGUCAGAAUACACAAAAAUCAUAGAAAAGACAAACAAAUCGAGAUCUACAAUCAUCACUAAUCUAAAGGCUAUUCAGGAAAAACUUGCAAUCAAACACGAAAAGUACAAAAUCUGGGCUCAGAUGAUUGAGAAAGCAGAAAAAGAAAACAAAACUAAAUCUGGCCGACCAAAGAACAGAGACAAACUUACAUAA